CAAAAAAAGUGAUAAGAUGAAAAUAUAUAGUGGGUAGCCACGCGAAAAUUCCUAACAAUUGCACCAAAAAGAAGCCAUUGCAGUAUAGAAGGGAAUUCCUCCGAAGGCAACGGGCUGUUCGGGCAUAUGAGUUGUGUUGUCGGUAGAGAGAAAACCCUUCAGGAAUCGUUUUGGAGAGCUUAACUAAUUGAUCCAGUGUGCUCGAGGUGUUUUGUGUAUUCGCUACGUCGUAGGAGCUUCCAUCAUUUUAACUUGGAAUUGAGCAAGUAUAACUCUAGACCUAACGAACCAAAGCGUAUMCAGAACUGGAGAGAAAGAAGGUUCAAUAGCAUAUUGACUGCACGAAUGAAUACACUUGGCGGAGACAAGGAAUUAAGCGAUCUCCUGGACUUUAGCGCGAUGUUCGCUCCACCGGGUUCUUUGGGUGGAAAGUCUGCAGGGACAUUAGCCGAGUCAAGCUUGUCUGGAUCGUUACACAGAACAGGUGGUUUAGACGAAUCAUCCACGUGGCAAGCCAAUGUCUCAGGUUAUGACAGGGGUUACCACAAUGAAUCCAACCAUGGUAUAUACGGCUCCAUCGACGAUGUGGAUAGCGAGUUUCUAGCUCGAAAAACGAGUUUUUCAAACUACCUUUCUUCUAAUUCUCUCGCAAGUUUAGGCAAGUCAAAAGAUCCUUACUCAUCAUCCUAUUCACCAGGAUACAGAGACCCUGGCUUAGGAUCAACUCAGGGAAGUGGUAGUGAUGUUACAUUAUCAAGCUCAGACUGGAGGUCAUCAAGGAAAUACAAACCAAACAAAAACAAUGGCUCAAUCUCAUCGGUAUAUUCUCCAGGCACAGAAGACAUGAUGUCACAUCCAGCUGAUAGUAUUUCACAGGCACAUUAUUCCCCCAAGGGAGGGAUCUAUGGGGAUCCAGCCUAUUAUAUCGACCAUGGCUCUCCAGACCCCUGGGGACAUUCAGGUCAACUCGGCAAUUCCUCGACAUCAUACUCGACUUCCGCCGGCACGUAUGCCACCAGUUACGGCAUGACAACAAGAGAGGGCCUGAAGGACGUGCACGUUAUGCCUGCACUAGCAAAGGCACCACUUCACCAUCAAAGGAGCUACAUGAGUCAUAGUGAGGCGAUGGACAGACUAUCAGGACUGCCUCCCAUGUCAUCUUUCAGACAAUCAGGAAGCAUACACGGCCAGUCGUCUCCUUAUUUGCAUGCCGUCUCUCCUCCACUUAACGGCAGCGACCCAAUGGGACACGCAUCGAGAGCACCAACUUCGGGAUCUCAAACAGGAGACGCACUCGGCAAAGCCCUUGCAUCUAUAUACUCCACAGACAAUGGAACAACAUACUCGUCAAAUCCAUCCACUCCAGUAGGCUCACCUCCACCUUUAGCUAGUGUAUCAGAACGACCACCUUCAGCUGGAUCAGGAGCAUCUGGUCAUUCAUCUGGUUGGGGUCGUUCAAAUCAACCGACAUCACCUCCCUAUGAGAGCCAAUUACAUCCUCUGAGAGAAGCAAGGAGCACAGCAAACCCAAUAGAAUUACAGAACAUGCAACAGUAUAUACAACCAAAGCAAAGCCGCAUCGAAGAACGUCUUGAUGAUGCGAUUCAUGUGCUGCGCAAUCACGCCGAAGCCAACGUCCCCCUACGUGAGAUGUACGCUAGCGUUGCCAGUGCUGGAAUGAGUGUAGCAACUACGAGUGUGUCAGCGGCUGGGUACUCGACUGGAGAUAAUAUGCAUUCCUCACAUCUAGAUCAACUUAAUAACAACCACAGUGCGAUGGACGAGGACCCAAAUAGCAUGACCUCUCCAGGGACAAUAUCUAAUCGAGCGUUGUCCUCACAGAUGUCGCCCGCUACUUCUGAUAUCAGCGAAACACGAUACGGAAAUAAAACAGACGGUUCCGUAAGUGAAUCGAUCAAAAACGAGGACAAAAUCGACAGCCUUGACAAAGAUGGCGGCAGUCUAAUGGGAGAAGAUGGCGAUAAAGGUGACGAUUUUAUCGAAGGGGAUACAGACAGGGUAGUCCGCGAGCAAGAACGACGAUACGCAAACAACGCCAGAGAAAGUCUUUUUGAGGGGGAUGUGGCAACUAUUAAACAUCGAAGAUUUGCUAACAAUGCUCGUGAACGGAUGAGAGUACGUGAUAUCAACGAAGCGUUCAAAGAGCUUGGUCGAAUGUGUCAAAUGCAUUUACAGAAUUCAAAACCACAAACAAAGGAAAAGGAGCGUCCAAGUCAACCCAAACCCCGUCGGGAACCAUCAACAAAGGAAUGGUCUUUGUAUGACGCCUCUAGCGGGAGUAACAUUCCACAAACCAAGCUUGUCAUUUUGCAUCAAGCUGUAUCAGUAAUCACGAGUUUGGAAUCCCAAGUUAGAGAACGGAAUCUAAAUCCCAAAGCCGCCUGCUUAAAACGAAGAGAAGAAGAAAAAGUCGAAGAGGAGUCUCCCGAGAAGCGAGCAGUUCCAGGUGUAGACAAACCGUUUGAUAACAAUGCUGUCCGUGGAAGAGGCGGUCGCCGAGGAAGGCGAUCUUCAAGAGAUUCAUUAGAGUUUUAGAUUUUUAUCUUGUAUGGUACUUUAAAAGAG